AUGGGGGAUGAGAAGUUCACUACUGCAAAAGAACGCCAGCUGUAUUCACUAGAGAUCGGUGUCUCUACUGAAGGCCGAAUCUCGUGCUUACGAAAGAAGCUCCCAGGGGUCGAUUUACCGGUGAAAAAGCUUGAGGAUCUCAGUCGAGCCCGUAUGAAAUGUGCUCGACAUCUUCGAAAAAUGGAUUUCAAGAAAGAGGAGUAUAUCAACUUGUGGAAACUGUGCAAUAUCUACUCAGCGACGGCUGUUGACGUCGAUGAUGCAAUGCGAGAGAUUCGAAAUGCUCUGCGAAAGCGGCUGAAGACGAAAGAGUCAUCGCGGGACGUGUCAGCUUUUCGGCGCCUCAUCGACGAGUAUCGUCCAACGAAGAAAACCGUCGCUAAUGAACAUCAACAGGAGAUCUACGACAAGCCCACCAACAAG